AUGGGGAACAGCAGCGCAUUGUCCGUCAGUGGAAGCAACAUCAGUACCAACGGGUCUCUCAGCGGACACGAUCCGUUCGAGUCCCCCUGGUCCUUCUGGUCCUUCCUCAUGUCCAUGGACAGUUACAUGGAGAUGAUGAACAAGUGUCACGUGGAAACUGGUAAAGUGAGCUGGUUGGCGGUGAAGGUCUUCGUAUUGGUGACGGCACUUCCAGCUAACGCAGGCUUGAUGUGGCUGCUGCUGAAGAGGAGGAGCGCCAUGACGCCAUCUGAGGUGUUGGGACUCAACGUGUCCGUCAUGGAUGUCCUGUACUGCCUCUGUCUGCCUCUGGACAUCUACUCCACCCUACACGAGACCUCUCAGGUGACCCGCUCCGUCCGCGAAGCCCUCUUCGCUCUCAACAUCUUUGGCUGUCCGCUGCUGUUGACCUUCAUGUGUUUGGAGCGCUACGUGGCGGCGGCCCGGCCCGUCGCCUACAUCAGGCUGGGGAGGCGGGAGUACCGGGUGGCGCUGUGUGCCGGCGCCUGGCUCCUCACCCUGACCGUGGCCCUGCUGGGGUAUUUCGUCCAGAUGUUCACAAUGGCUCUGUCUCUGUCCAUCACCAUCUCGCUGCUCUUCGUGGUCAUGCUGCUGUGUCUGCUGGCCAUCGUGUGGGUGUUGUGUCAGAGCGGGCCGGGCCACGCCUCAGGCUCCAGUGUGCCGCUGAAGAGGAGAGCUCUGAAGAACAUCGUGGCGGUGAUGGUACCGUCGGUGGUGGCGUACUCUCCUGUGGUGGCUCUGGUCCCCUACAUGUCUGUGAUCGUAUCCAGGCCCUCCGAGACCAUCAGCUCGGCUCAGUGCAGCGUCCUGCAGGUCCUGCUGCUCUUCCCAAACUUCGGCCUGUUCAUCGGUCCCAUGUUCUACCUGACCCGGUUCAGACAGGUGGCCUGCUGGACCAAAGACCAGCAGAACCCAAACUCCAGAACCCAGGCAGAGUAG